AUGGGCCUCAAAUGUCUAGUGAUAUUUUAUAUAUUUUUAUUGUUUCGAUUAGAUGAUGCACAAAUUCAACAAUCAAAUUCGGCCAAUAUUAAUCAGAAUUUAGGAACUGGUGAUGCGGGAACUUUGUAUACUGGAACUGGGACUAAUUUAUAUUAUGGUGUUAAUUUAGUGCCUUUCGGCCCGGAAGUUGGAGAUCAUGAAGUUAAUCCUGGACUUUUGACAGCUGGUCAAACUAUUGAUCUUCAUAUGUAUUUUCCAUAUUAUGGAGGAUUAUACAAUUACACAACAGUGAGUUUAUUUUUUUUUAAUUUUGAAACUUUCUUAAAAAUCUGUGUAUUUAGCUAUCUGUAAAUGGUUACAUUGGUUUUGCCACUGUUCUUGAUCAAGGUCCAACAAUCAACGUGGGUCCUGAUAUGACUGAUUGGCCACGUCACGAAGAUCCAGCUAUGAUCGCCCCGUAUCUUUGUAAACAACAAAUUCCACAAAAUUUGAACCCUGGAAUGCGUGCUGGUGUAUUCUAUCGUUUGAUAAUGCGACAGUCAUUGUUUGGAAGACAAUCGGGAAGUAACACAAAUCUUGGAGGUUCAAGCAGUUACAGUUCUUCAUUUUUCGGAUCAUCCGCAAACAAUGUUUGCCCAGGAACUCCGGAUUCAUAUGUUAGAUGUGAUUCACAAGCUGAUAACUUUUUGGAAUUAAUGCAACAGUGGUUAACUGAAGGUUAGCAUUAUUUUUUUGAAUUAUAAGUCUUGCUAACGUUAUCUGAAUUUUUAGGUGUUGCUGGAGCUGCUGCAUUCCGCGCCGAUGCUGCUUUAGUUGUCACUUGGUACAACACAGCUUCUGCGAUUUCAGGAAGAUCUGAUAUUGACGCAGGCCAAUUGGCGACAUAUCAAGUUAUUUGGCUCACCGAUAAGGUAAGUACGAAAUAUUGAUUUCUGAAAACCCGUGUUAUCUUAUCAAAAAUGGAAAUUCGACUUUCCAUGAGGCAUUGUGUCAACAAACCAUCUCUUUAGCACCAUAUUAACACUUUAUGUACAUAAAAAUAGACCGACCAAAGGAAUAAGGGAACAAGGAAAAUAUAAAAUGUAACUUUUUAUAGACUGCUCGUUUGUCAUAUGUGAUUAUGAAUUAUGAUCGUCUCGGAUUCGAUGCCGCCGAUUUCCGACUCAACUCUCGAUCUGGAAGAUGUCAGGUAACCUAACAUAAGUCCUUGAGUGUUGAAAUAUUUACAUUUAUAUGAGUCAAGACAUUGUUUGUUUACCCGUAACCGUAGUAUUUGUUUAGAUGGAAUUGAUUGGAAACAUCCGGAAAAUGUAAAAUUUCAGGCGCUUUUCAAUGGUGGAAAUCAUACCGGAUUGGUGCCAGUUGAUCCAACUCAAAACUUCAAAAAUACCCCAAAAGUUUUGGCUCAACGUUCUGGAGUUCCUCAAAUGGUUCGUGGUCGUUAUAUGUUCAGAGUGGAUGAUGUUGUUAGACCGGCUGGAUGUUCUAAUAAAACUGGAGGAACAUGUAAGAACUUUGAGACUUUCAGAAAUACUAGAAACUUGAAAUGAUUUUUUAGACCCAAUGUUGAUCUAUCCAAACAUUGUAAACAUGUUGGGAGAAAUGACAGUUGAUGUGAAUGCGAUUUGCUUGGACAAAUCACAAACUUAUAUUCUUAUGAUUGAACAACGUCAAACUGCGACGUGUACUGUUCUAACAUCUGCAAUUGCAAGAUGUAGUUUACCAAAGAUUUACGAUUGGGGAACAAAAACUGUCUAUUUCCAACCGCAAAGUGGUGGAGCAAAUGAUGAAAAGGCUUUUGUUGGAUACAUUUAUUUUGUGCCUCCGACGCUUGACCCAAUGAGGUUAGACAUUGGAAAUGUCUAUGAUUGGUUUAAAAAUCCCCUUCCCUACACAACUAUGCCGAUCACCUGGUAUCCAAGGAAUUUCACAAACCCUGAAGCUUCUCAGCGAAUGGAUCAACUUCGAAUCAACGAUGAUUCAUUGUACAGUACCCAAUUGGGAUUAUAUGUUGUUGCUUAUCGUGAAUAUAAGGAUGAUAAUGUGAGUUUACUAAUGAAAAUAGAUGGAAGAUCAAUAAUGAAAAUUUGUAUUCUAGAUCAAAAAAUUCCGACCUGAACAUCGUGUGAUUGCUAGACUUGCCACGUAUAGCAACAAAAAUACCUAUGAAUAUCGCUGGAAGCCACAAGAAGAACGAAUCAAUUUAUAUCAAGUCGAACAUUGGUAUAUGUCAGAUUGGGAGAGAAAUCAUGAAUUAUUCCAAUAUCGAUUCGGAUAUUUGAAAUUGGCUCCAGUCACAUCGAAUACUGAAAGCAACCUUGAUCAACUCACCGGACUCGUCUCUCAUCCAAUUUCACUCCAUUUCCUCUGGACGACAAAUAAUCCACAAUUCACAACAACCACUUAUGCUAAUCAAGAUCAAGCGGCUCGAACUGAAUUCAUCAAGAAGAAAUCGCUCGAAAUGUGUCACGAUUGGUACGAUGAAGAUGGUGCACAAUGGAACUUUAUCAGAGAUACUGAAACUAAUUCAUCUUGCCCGUGUAUUGAAAGACAAGCGAUUGCUGAUAUUGGAAGGUUUAUGCCACAUCCAAGAUGUUCACAAGCUUUCCGUGAUAUCACUUGUACAACAUCGAUUGGCUCCAGAAAUUGUUAUAUGUCAUCUCAAAAUGUUAUGACAACUUAUGCUGGAGAUGGAAGACAUUUCACAUCAGAAAACACUGCGUAAGAAUUUUCCUCUAGUUUUCAAAAACAUGCCUGAAUUUUCAGCCGUUUCCCAACACAUUAUGGACAAGUUUGCUGUUAUGAUGAUCAAGGACAUCUUAUGCAAACAUCUUAUCAACCAGUUAUCAAAGUAACUCCCGAUGUUCCGUAUAAUCCUGGUUUCCCAAUGAGGGCUUAUGAAUUUGGAACAACACCUUAUAUGGGUCAAUAUGAAGUUCCUGGUCUUUCUGCAUUCCACAAUGAUUAUAUGCCAUAUUUCCUUUGUUGUAAAUUUGCUGAUUUCCGUUGUCAAAUGUUCUACUGGAGAAGACCAUCAUCUGGUUGUCAAGAAUAUCAGCCACCAGCUUAUGGUGAAGUUAUGGGUGCUGGUACAUUCAACACAAUUGAUAACGAUAAAUUCGUUUUCAAUGAGCCAGGAGUUUUCAAUGCGUUGUAUAUUCCAAAAACUCUUGCAACACCAGAAGUGAAGGUUCAACUUCGAUUGGAAAGAUAUCCAAAUCGUCGAGUGGAUUUCAGUUUGUUGGGAAGAUAUAUGUCACAACAAGAUUUGGUGCAACCAACAAAUGCGACAGUCGUCACUGGUGUUGUUCUCGAAGCCACCGGCACUGAUCGUGUUCAUGUUUUGUCGCGAAAAGAUACACGUCGUUUCCGUUACCGUACCUCAAUCAUUGUUGGAAAUAUUCUUCGAUAUUUCGACACAAUGAGAAUUCAAAGAUUCCGAGGAGUUAUGGUUUAUGUGAACAAUGUUGAGAGAGGACAACCGGAAAUUUAUGUGGUUUUGGAAGAGGCACAAAUUGGUAUUCGAGUUAGAGAAAGUUAUGCGAUUGAUAUUGAUCGAUUGACUGAUUAUCAAGAAAGUAUGGGAAUGUUGAAUGUUGCCAUUUCGGUUCCACCACAAUACGGAGUUGUAUGUUUUCUUAACUCAAUUUUUUUUUGAACAAAAAAAUAGUCAAAUAUUUUCAGAGACCAGAUGGAGAUAAAACUCGCGAACAAGAACUUCGUCAACGUUAUGCCCUGCCACGUGUCAGCGGUCUUUUCCGUCCAUAUCCAGAUCAAACAUCUGGAAGUUAUUCAACAACUUUGACAUUGAAUGAUGUCAAUUCGGAAAGUAUCAGACAACAAAUCAUCGCCAAUUGUAAGAAACUUUUUGAAAAACUGAACACAUAAUUAUUUUUUUAUUUUUCAGACCGUGUUCAAGGAUCUGGUGAACCUGGAAGCGAACAAAAUAUCAAUUCUGGUAAUCAAUACAAUCUUCCAACUGAAAACAUGUUCACAACAAGUCGAGAUGAAGACAAAAAGUUCGAAGUCUUCCCAGAAGCUUACAUGAAGAGUGGACCAAUUUAUAAAACAGCACCAAAAUAUGAAACUGGAGCAUAUCGAUUUGUUCCAGUUACCGGAACUGUAAUGAAUCAACGAUUGCAAACUUGUAGAGAUAUGCAACAAUCAAAUACUAGUGAGUUUUCGAAAACAAUAGAACCUUUUAUGAUUAAUUUUUUCUAGUCAAUAUGCAACCACUUCAAUCAUCUCUGACUUCCGAAUAUGGUCAAACUCAAUGUCCAGAUAAUCCGGCUGCUGUUAUUCAAGAUUGUGGAGAUUCAGUUCCAUGUUUGUAUGAUUAUUAUUCUUUGAACGCCAAAAUUCUUGGAUUGAAUGUGAAAAAUGAAUGGAACGUAUUCACAACUGAUCGAUUUGAUGCAUCAAGACAAUGUGAGUUUAGAGAAAAAUGAAAUUCAACCAGACAAACAAAAUUUUCAGAUAACAGUUGUGGUGUGAUCAACAUUGAAUACCCAGAAUAUUUGAUGAAGACAUCUUCAUUAGCUUCAGCUUAUAUGCAAGGAGAUGUUGCUCGCUUCGAAUGUUUCCAAUCUCACUGGAUCAAAGGAGUUCACGAAUAUAAAUGUGGAAUUGUUGCUGAAUAUAAUCGACCAGAUGUUUGGCGAUACGAAUGGAAUAAGGGUGAACAACCGUGGUGUAGAUCAAGAGAAAAGGAAAAUUUCCUUAUUUGGCUUUCGAUUGUUUGUGGAAUUUUGGGAGCAAUUCUUGCUAUUAUGUUCUUAUUCUUGUGUUGUUGGGUGGUAAAACAAAAGAAACGAGCGGAAAGAAGACAAUUUGGAGGAGAUGUUCAAAGUCGAAGAAGUUCGAUUAGUCGAGAUAAUAAUAAGAAAUAUCCAGUUAUGGAAUCUGAACCAUUGAAUCAAGACAAACGAUUUGAUCAAGACACAUAUCGAGACGAUGAUUAUUAUCCACCAGCCAAAGAGUAUAAUCCAGAUACUUUUGGCUUGAAAACAUCUGUAUAA